GUUACUGAACUGUUCCUCUGAACAGUCACAUCUCCUUUUCUUCUAAAGUUUUUUUUUUAUUUCUUAUUCCUCUUUGCUUCUUCUCAUUGAAUAGUGCUUGUGUUAUAUAUAUUUCAUUUUCUCUAUUAAUCUAAUUCAUGGAGCUUAUUGAAGUGCUAUAACAUACAUAAGAAAGGACACAUAAAGAGUUUUUCUUUUAUAAUUUUAAAAGUGUUCAUAUGAAUUAGAUUUUGGAAAUUUCAUGUGAGUGAUUAAAAUUGGAAAACUUUUCUUUGCACAAAAGUUAUUGAGAAAAGUUGAGGCGUGCAAUGAGACUUUUAUUUCUGGUAUUCACCGCCCUGAUUUUUCAUCUUGGAAAAUGUGCAAUUUAUCCGGCUCAGCAAGCUGACCCAAAUGCGGUUGUGGGAAGUCCAGAGCACAUUGCGUCGCUUCUCCAAGAUGGCAACAGAUUUAGGCGUGAUGCUUACGGAAGGGGCUACCACCGUGGACAGACACAAUCGCAAUAUGUAAAUUUUGGCAAUGCACAAAAUGAGGGAAAAGCUGAAGCGGAAGCUACUCAACAUGGAACACGUGCAUACGUGGCCGGCUCCAAUGGCAUGGGACAGGCUCAAAGUCAAUCUGCAGGGGGUGAUUGUGGCGACUGCUUUGGGGGAGCAGGCGGAAGUGGUGGCUAUGGUGGAGCUUUCGAUGGUAGACGUCCUGAUCCUCUGCUUCAGCCAGGUGUAAAUGGUAGAACGGGCAUACAGGUGGACUCUCAAGGACGACCAAUUAUUGAUAGACUCCAAUUACCUGAUGGCAGGCAGUGGCCUGAUUCACAAACUGGAAUUCCUGGAGGAUCACGAGAUGGAUAUGAUGGAGGUCUAUCAUCCACUGGAUAUCAACCUGGUGGCUAUCAGCCUGGUGGUUAUCAACCAGGUGGAUAUCAGCCUGGUGGAAGUACGGGAAAGCACGAUUUAGGAGGUGGUUCUCCACAGGGUAGACUUACACAACCAGGAUAUCAACCCGGAAGUGGAGCAUUGGGUGGAGCUGGUGGUUCUUAUACUGGUCCAGACCAGGGAACACUGUCUCCUGGGCAACCUGGUAGUGGAAUUGGUGGUCAAUUGCAACCAGGAUACAAUGGAGCACCUGGAAGAAAGACAAAUGGUUUAAAUGGAAAUGGAACACCUGGCGUCCCUGGAAGUGGAAGAACAGAUUUAGAUAAAUUAACACCAGGCAGUCAAAUAAGAGAUGGUACACAAGGAGGUACUUUUGGACCUGGAUCUUCAUUUCCUGGCCAACGUAUUACUGAAACAGGACCAGGUCAGCGUCCUGGAUACACUCCGGGACUUCAUGGAAAUGGUGCUUCAGCUGGCCCUGGAGGUUCAGCUGGCCCAGGUGGUUCAGCUGGUCCUGGGAGUUCAUACGGUCCUGGAGGUUCAGCUGGCCCAGGUGGUUCAGCUGGUCCUGGGGGUUCAUACGGUCCUGGAGGUUCAGCUGGCCCAGGUGGUUCAGCUGGUCCUGGGGGUUCAUACGGCCCUGGAGGCUCAUCUGGUCCUGGCGGUUCAUACGGCCCUGGUGGUUCAUACGGCCCUGGGGGUUCAUCUGGCCCUGGGGGUUCAGCUGGUCCUGGUGGUUCUUACGGCCCAGGUGCUUCAUCUGGCCCUGGGGGUUCAGCUGGUCCUGGUGGUUCUUACGGCCCAGGUGGUUCAUCUGGUCCUGGGGGUUCAGGAUUUUCUCCGGGAGUUUCUGGGGUGCCUGGACAAGGAUUACCAAGAGGCAAUGGAUAUGGUCCCGGAUAUACAGGUGCUCCUGGUCAAGGAUCUGGUGUUCCCAAAGGACCUGAUUAUUCUACAACUAGACCCGGAGGAUCUGCAACUGGAUCUGAAUACCCACAAACAGGUGGUUCAGGAUAUCCUGGAUAUGGAACAGGAGGAAGUGGAAAUUUGCAACAGGCAGGAGAACCAUCGGGAAGGCCAGGAAUUUUAGAUCAGGACGGUAAUCGACUAGGAGGAUCUGCUCCUGGUGGUGCUGAAAUUAUCCUUGGACCCUCUGGAACAAUUCCUGGACUUGGAUCAGGUGAUAUUACUCUAUGGAGCCCAAAAGGAUCACCAACUGGAUCUCCAACAAUUCUUUGCUUAACUAUUAGUUGUCCAGGAGGUGCAACUCCACAAAUAUCAGCUCAAUAUAUUCCAUCCAAACCUGGGCAAAUAAUUCAACAACCAGGCAGUCAAACUGGGUAUCCAUAUCAGCCAGGAGUAGCAGGACAAGGAGGAAUUGGAACUGGUGGAACAGGCUCAGGAACUGUGGGAACAGGAGGAGGUACUGCAGGACAAUAUCCUGGAGGUCAACCAGGUGGACCUGGAGGAAUAGGGACAGGACAAUAUCCUGGAGGGCAACCAGGCAGUGGAGGAAUAGGAUCUGGGCAAUAUCCCGGAGGAAUCGGGCAACCAGGAGGUGGAACUGGAGGUGCUGGCCCUGGGGGAAUUGGAACAGGACAAUAUCCUGGAGGUCAACCAGGUGGACCUGGAGGAAUAGGAACAGGACAAUAUCCUGGAGGGAUUGGACAGCCAGGAGGUGGAACUGGAGGUGUUGGCCCCGGGGGAAUUGGAACAGGGCAAUAUCCCGGAGGAAUCGGGCAACCAGGCGGUGGAACUGGAGGUGCUGGCCCAGGGCAAUAUCCUGGAGGUCAACCAGGUGGACCUGGAGGAAUAGGAACAGGACAAUAUCCUGGAGGAAUAGGACAACCAGGAGGUGGAACUGGAGGUGUUGGUCCCGGGGGAAUUGGAACAGGGCAAUAUCCCGGAGGAAUCGGGCAAACAGGAGGUGGAACUGGAGGCAUCGGAACAGGACAAUAUCCUGGAGGAAUAGGACAACCAGGAAGUGGAACUGGAGGUGUUGGCCCAGGAGGAAUAGGAACUGGACAAUAUCCAGGAGGAAUCGGGCAACCAGGAGGUGGUGUUGGCCCAGGAGGAAUAGGAACAGGACAAUAUCCGGGAGGAAUAGGACAACCAGGAAGUGGAACUGGAGGUGUUGGCCCAGGAGGAAUAGGAACAGGACAAUAUCCGGGAGGAAUCGGGCAACCAGGAGGUGGUGUUGGCCCCGGGGGAAUUGGAACAGGACAAUAUCCAGGAGGGAUUGGACAACCAGGAAGUGGAACUGGAGGUGUUGGCCCAGGAGGAAUAGGAACAGGACAAUAUCCGGGAGGAAUCGGGCAACCAGGAGGUGGUGUUGGCCCCGGGGGAAUUGGAACAGGGCAAUAUCCCGGAGGAAUCGGGCAAACAGGAGGUGGAACUGGAGGCAUUGGACAAGGACAAUAUCCUGGAGGAAUAGGACAACCAGGAACUGGAGGUGUUGGUCCAGGAGGAAUAGGAACAGGACAAUAUCCCGGAGGAAUCGGGCAACCAGGAGGUGGUGUUGGCCCAGGAGGAAUAGGAACAGGACAAUAUCCGGGAGGAAUUGGGCAACCAGGAGGUGGAACUGGAAGUGUUGGCCCCGGUGGAAUUGGAACAGGACAAUAUCCUGGAGGGACUGGGAAGCCAGGAAGUGGAACUGGACAAUAUCCUGGAGGAAUCGGUUACCCAGGUAGUGGAAUUGGUGGAGGUGGAACAGGACAAUACCCAUCAGGAAUUGGCCAACCUGGUAGUGGAAUCGGAACUGGACCAUAUCCCUCAGGAAUAGGCCAACCAGGUGGAAUUGGUGGUGUUGGUCCAGGUGGAAUCGGAACAGGACAAUAUCCUGGAGGAAUUGGUCAACCUGGUGGUGGAAUUGGAGGUGUAGGACCAGGAGGUGUAGGAACAGGACAAUAUCCCGGAGGAUUAGGACAAUCUGGCAGUGGAAGUGGAGCUAUUGGAGGAAGCGGUGCUGGGCAAUAUCCUGGAUAUGGAGGUGACCAAUAUCCUGGACAAUAUGCAGGCUUAUAUCCUGGAGGCUAUAUUCCUGGAGGAGGACUUUUGCAAGUUGGCCAGCAUGCAGGUGGUGUUGGUGAUGAUGAUGCUUUUGCACAAUCGGAAACAGCAGUAAAGGAUGGCGAAGCUACAGCUAGUGCUCAAGGAAAGCGUCAUGGUGGCGUAGCACAAACUCAAGUAUCUGGAUCGUAUAGUUCAGGUGGAACAUUCAGUGCAAAUGCUCAAACUUCGGACAAAGAUCGUGCGGCACAGGCUCAGGUGACUGGCAAUAAGGAUGGUGCCAUGAGUUCUGCCCAAGGUAGUGGUGGAAGUGCUAAAUCUCAAUCUCAAGUGUCAGUAAAUGAGAAAACUGGAGGUACUUCGGCAUCAUCUCAAACUGGUGGCGUUAAUCAUGAAAGUCAAUCUGAGGUACAAGCAAAUGAACGAGGUGGAUUAGCUGAUGCACAAUCCAGUGGACCUGGACAGACAUCUUCACAGGCACAAAUUGGUUUUCGACCAGAUGGUGGCUCUGCAGGGCAACACUCAGUAUUCAAUGGAGGUGGCCAAGCAUCAGCACAGGCAUCUUCUUACUCAGGGCAGAGUCAAUCUCAAAUAAAUGGAAACUUUAAAUAUGGCAUUUCAUAUCAUGGAGCUGCCCAAGGAGCUUCUGGGACAAAGGAGCAGGUGAAUCAAUACAGAGAGCAAAAUCGAGCUCUUUUCCAAACAAUAGAUCAAUUUCAAAAAUCAAAUAGAGAAUCCCUUCCUGGAGCUAAUUUAGCAUCUAAUGCAGCCGAUUUAAAAUUAAGAGCAUCCCACCAAAGUGUUUCAUAUCAAUUACCCAAUAAUACGGCAUCAAAUGUAGCUGAAGAUGAAAUAGAUGAGUACGAAGAUGAGUACAGUGAUGAAGAGGAUUACGAGACAAUACCAGAAGCCAAAUCUGCUCCAUCAGAACAUAAACCUUCCAAUGGUGGCAAUAAUGCUGAAUCAGUACCAACAUCAACUACUUCCUCCUCCAAUCCCAUUCAUACAUUUAGCCAAACAUUUGAGAAUCAAAAGCAACAAGCUACGGUCGUUGGAACGGAUAACUUCCGCGUGUUCCAGAAGCAAAACGGACGAACGCAGUACUAUCCGUCGACUACAGAAAAAAUACCCGAAGGCUUUAAUGGGAAAGUUGAAAAUCCCCAAGAUGGUUCGAGAAAUAGCCGGACAACAUCAGCAGCUCCUACGGUGGAGCCAAAGAAAUUCACAACAAGAUUCCUCCCCUCAAAGCACCACGAAGUGAAUACAAAACUCGGAAAUAAUGGCAAAAAUCCCGAUAGUUAUGUUACAGUCACCAAAUCCGUGACAGGAAGCAUAGAUGACACAAAAAGACCACCAGCAGAAACGAAGAAUUUUGCUUCCACGUAUUAUACAAAGUCAUCCACAUGUGGAUAUUUUACCUUCUCUUGCAACAUUGUUUAUGGAUCAAAUGGACGCAGCAAGAUAUGCCGCCCAAAGGCACCCGCAAAUGGGAAAUGCUGAUUAAAUUCUUUUCCUUCUUCUUUUUUAGAACCAUAAACAUUCAAUAACUGCCAACGACCAAGGAAUUGAAAAAUAUUUCUUUUUUUUAUUUUACUAAUAAAUUAACAAAAUAUAUAUUUUGAAUAAUGGAACUUAAUGUUGUUGGACUCAUUUUUUUUCUUUAUACGUGAAAAAUUAAACAAUUUUUAUUUUAAAA